UUCUGUAAUUGUUACUGGUGCUUUUCCUUGUCUUGUAGCUUCCUGCUUACCGAAAGAUGUCAGCAAUUGGAAUAGUGUCCUCCUGUUCCUGUCUCCAUCCUGCUGUAUGGCUGCUGAAACCAGGAAUGCACAAGAUGAGCUCCUUUGGUUUACACACAGCAGCCAGAUGUGCUGCCAAGGAUUAUUAUGAAGUACUUGUGCUGGGUGGAGGCACAGGCGGAAUUGCCAUGAGUGCUCGGAUGAAGAGGAAAGUAGGGGCAGGAAAUGUGGCUGUUGUUGAGCCAAGUAAGACACAUUACUAUCAGCCACUGUGGACCCUGGUUGGUGGUGGUGCAAAGCAGCUGGCAACCUCUGCGCGUUCAACAGAAAGUGUUGUGCCUAAAGGUGUUGAGUGGAUCAAAUCUCGAGUUACAGCACUGGAUCCAGAUAAGAACUGUGUCUGGCUGGAGAAUGAUAUCAAGAUCUCUUACAAGUAUCUGAUAAUUGCCCUUGGGAUCAGUCUGCAAUAUGAAAAGAUAAAAGGCUUGCCUGAGGGGUUUGAUCAUCCUAAAAUAGGUUCCAAUUAUUCAGUUCAUACGGUAGAGAAAACAUGGAAAGCUAUACAAGAGUUCAAGGAAGGAAAUGCUAUCUUCACUUUUCCAAAUACUCCAGUGAAGUGUGCAGGAGCUCCUCAGAAGAUCAUGUAUUUAUCUGAAGCCUACUGGAGGAAAACAGGAAAACAUUCCAAAGCAAACAUCAUGUUCAACACUUCACUUGGUGUUAUAUUUGGUGUUAAGAAGUAUGCCGAUGCAUUGCUUGAAAUAAUAAAGGAGAGGAAUAUUACUGUUAACUAUAAGUACAACCUGGUAGAAGUUCGAGCAGACAAGCAAGAAGCUGUGUUUGAAAACUUGGACAAACCUGGAGUGACUGAAGUUCAUCAGUAUGAAAUGCUUCAUGUCACACCUCCAAUGGGGCCACCUGAUGUACUCAUCAAUAGUCCUGUGUCAGAUGGAAGUGGCUGGGUGGACGUAGAUAAGGAAACCCUACAACAUAAGAAGUAUUCUAAUGUAUUUGGUAUUGGAGACUGCACCAACCUUCCAACGUCAAAAACUGCUGCAGCUGUAGCUGCCCAGUCUGGUGUGCUUGAUCAAACUAUUUCGCUGGUAAUGAAGAACCAGUUGCCAGCUAAAAAGUAUGAUGGAUAUACCUCCUGCCCACUAGUAACAGGCUACAACAAGGUGAUUCUAGCAGAAUUUGACUAUGAUGCUCAGCCUUUGGAGACCUUUCCCAUUGACCAGAGUAAGGAGAGGGUUACCAUGUACCACAUGAAAGCUGAUAUGAUGCCUCUUCUCUACUGGAACGCAUUACUUAAGGGAUACUGGGGAGGACCAGCUCCUGUCAGGAAGCUAAUGCAUCUAGGCUUUAAGUAGCUGCUUGGUUCCAUAUUUGAAUGACAAGUCUCACAAAGGCUGACAGUCUAUCUUCCCCCUUGG